AUGCUGCUGUCGGUAUUCGCAUUUAUCGUGACUCUGUCCAUCUGCGUGCAAGAGUAUGACGCGAAUCCUUCCUCUAUUAACUCUGAUAAGUCUCGUGUUACAUCGCUUAAUCCCGAGGACAUGGAAGUCUUGGCAAAUUCACCUGCUGGACUGCGCAGUGGGUGGAAAUCCCAUGACAGGCAGCAACGCCGACUAAUGGUAGGACAAACGGACGAUCUAACUCGACCGAAAGGAAAUUCGUUAUUUACAAUUGAGGAAGAAAUAAUGGAUGUGAACAAGAAGCUUCCUCAGCCAGAAGCUGAGCCGCAUCUUCCUGUGAAAAAAUGA